AUGUCCAGCAGCACCAAUGCCCCUGGCCAGAGGAGAGUGUCUCGGGGCUUGGAUGAUGCCACCAACAAGAAGAAGCAGAAGGAUCGAGCCAACCAGGAGAGCAAGGAAGUGUCUCGCCCUGAGCUCGAGCAGGCUGAGACCGCCCAGGAGAAGGACUCAGAGGAGGAGCUGCUGCUGGACUGGAAGCAGAAUGCUGACGAGAUCAUUGUCAAGCUGAACUUGGGCAGUGGGUCUCUGAAGGUGGAGGAUGUGAAUGCUACUUUCACCGACACGGACUGUGUGGUCAAACUACCAGACGGGCGCCAGUGGAGCUGUCAGUUCUACGAGGAGAUUGAGAGCUCCUGCAGCAAGGUCCAGUGCAAGAAGGGCAACUUUCUACAGCUUGUGCUUCAGAAAAAGAUCCCACUCCACACCUGGUCUUCGCUUCUGAAGAGAAGGAAGGACGGAUCCAAAGAGCUGGCCAAAGGGGCUGCGUGCUGGGAGAACGGGAAGGAGAAGGCUGCUUCUGCAGAGCUGGUCCCUGAAGAGCCAAGGGCUGAAGGUGGAGAGCCACCAAGGUCCCGGCGAGAGCCCUCCAACCCCAAGCGUGCUCCAGGAAGAAGUGAGGCCCUGGGAGGGAAGAGCCCAGCCAGCCCAGGGACGCAGAGUGGCCCCAGCGCCAAGCGGGCAGUAUACCUCAAAGUGGCUCCCACUGAAGAGGAGCCCAAUUUUUUUUUGCACCCCCCCAAGGGGCCGGGGGGGGUGACCGCCAGCCGCCGCAACGGCAGAGUCAGCCAGGUCGAUGCUCCCGCAGCCCUCACAGACAUCACACCACCGCUGGAGAAGGCUGUAGUUUUGGCCAAGGAGACUGUUCCCGUGGAGAUGCCACCUCUCGCAGCUACCACAGAGGUCAUCCCCCACCGUGUUGCCACCUGUGUGGAGAAGAGGAUCCUGCAGCCGGGCAGCCCUGCUGAGGCGUUGCGGGGCCGGGACUGCAUGCCUGGCCUGGGAGAGAGCUCCAAGACUGUCCCAGUGGCCACCCCUCCCCUGGGCAGAGACAGCGAGAAGAGGGAUUGGUCCAAGGACGACGUGGCUCUGGAAGCAGCAGCUGAUGAGCCAGAGCCUUUUGUGAGCCUGACCUUUGUCAAGAAUGACUCAUAUGAAAAGGGCAAUGACCUGGUGGUGGUGCAUGUGUACGUGAAGGAGAUCCACAAGGAGACGUCCAAGGUGCUGUUCCGGGAGCAAGACUUCACACUGGUGUUCCAGACGAGUGACACAAACUUCCUUCGCCUCCAUCCUGGCUGUGGGCCCCACACAGUGUUCCGGUGGCAGGUGAAGCUCAGGAACCUUAUUGAGCCGGACCAGUGCACGUACAACUUCACGGUGUCUCGCAUCGAUGUCUGCCUGAAGAAACGCCAGGCAGCACGUGGUGCUGCUAACCACAGGCCUGCCCUUCCCCCUUUUUAAGGUGCAGUGGGUGGUGCAAAGGUUGCCAUGCCUACAGGCCCUACCCCUCUGGACAAGAACCCCCCUGGCAGUAACCAGCACCCCCUGUCCAGCAAGGAAGAGGCCCGAGCCAGCGACAAAGAGAAGCCGCGCGUGGAAGAUGGGGGUCUGGAUGGUGUGGCAGCCCGUACAGCCCCAGAGCAUGUGGCAGUGAAGCAAGAGCCGCACGUCCCCUCACCCAAACCGACGUGCAUGGUGCCACCAAUGACGCACAGCCCAGUGAGCACCGAGAGUGUGGAGGAUGAUGAGGAUGAGGACGAGAAGAAGAAGGUGUGCCUGCCUGGCUUCACGGGGCUGGUGAACCUGGGCAACACCUGCUUCAUGAACAGCGUCAUCCAGUCCCUGUCCAACACCCGUGAGCUGCGUGACUACUUCCAUGAUCGGUCCUUUGAGUCGGAAAUCAACUACAACAACCCGUUGGGGACAGGGGGCCGCCUGGCCAUCGGCUUUGCCAUGCUGCUGCGAGCGCUGUGGAAGGGCACGCACCAUGCCUUCCAGCCCUCUAAACUGAAGGCAAUCGUGGCCAGCAAGGCCAGCCAGUUCACUGGCUACGCCCAGCACGAUGCUCAGGAGUUCAUGGCCUUCCUGCUCGAUGGCCUGCACGAGGACCUCAACCGGAUCCAGAACAAGCCCUACACAGAAACUGUUGACUCAGAUGGGAGGCCUGAUGAGGUGGUAGCUGAGGAGGCCUGGCAGCGACACAAGAUGAGGAACGACUCUUUCAUCGUGGACCUCUUCCAGGGCCAGUAUAAAUCCAAGCUGGUGUGCCCAGUGUGUUCCAAGGUGUCCAUCACGUUCGACCCCUUCCUGUACCUCCCUGUACCCCUCCCGCAGAAGCAGAAGGUGCUGACUGUCUACUACUUUGCAAAGGAGCCGCACCAGAAACCCAUCAAGUUUCUUGUGAGUAUCAGCAAGGAGAACUCCAGUGCCAUGGAGGUGCUUGACUCAGUGGCCCAUAGCAUGCGUGUGAAACCGGAGAACCUGCGCCUGGCAGAGGUGAUCAAGAAUCGGUUCCACCGCAUGUUCCUGCCAUCCAACUCGCUGGACACGGUCUCCCCUACAGACCUGCUGCUCUGCUUCGAGGUGCUGUCCCCAGAGCUGGCCAAGGAGCGGGUGGUGGAGCUGCAGGUCCAGCAGCGUCCGCAGGUGCCCAGUGGCCCUGUCGCCAAGUGCGCAGCCUGCCAGAAGAAGCAGCUGCCAGAGGAUGAGAAGCUCAGGCGCUGCACGAGGUGCUAUCGAGUCGGUUACUGCAACGUGGCAUGUCAGAAAACACACUGGCCAGACCACAAGUCUUUGUGCCGCCCCGAGAAUAUUGGUUUCCCCUUCCUCAUCAGCGUGCCGGAGUCCCGCCUCACCUACGCCCGCCUGGCCCAGCUCCUGGAGGGCUACGCAAGGUACUCAGUCAGCGUGUUCCAGCCUCCGUUCCAGCUGGGCCGGAUGUCACCGGAGCAGGGACUGCAGCCUCUGCUCCUGGAAAAGCUGGAGCCCCUGGCCAAGAGCGGCUGUCCAGCAGCCACCUCUGCCCCCGAGCUGGGAGAGGGGGACAGGGCUUCCAGCCUCCUGCAGGAGCCCCCGCUCUCACCAGCUGUGCCUGAGCUGCACCCAGAGCAGGGGGACACUGGCACUGUCCGGAGCAAGGUCCUGGCAGCCAGGAGUUCACUGCUGAGCGUGGAUUCAGGGUUCUCCGAGCAUGUGGAGUCGCAGGGCGACAGCUGUUGCGAGAAGGAGCCGUCCUAUGAGAGAGCCCCCAAGCCAGAAGCUGCCAUCCCUGGGUACCAACACACUCCAGACUCGCUGAGUGCCCGCACCACGCAGUUCUACAUCAACAAGAUCGAUGCUGCCAACCGAGAGCACAAGCUGGAAGAUAAAGGUGACACCCCCCUGGAGCUGACGGAUGACUGCUCCCUCGCCCUGGUGUGGAAGAACAACGAGCGCCUCAAGGAGUUUGUGUUGGUAGAGUCCAAGGAGCUGGAGUGCGUGGAGGACCCAGGCUCAGCCAGCGAAGCAGCCAGGGCUGGCCACUUCACCCUGGAGCAGUGCCUCAACCUCUUCACCAAGCCCGAGGUCCUGGCCCCGGAGGAAGCGUGGUACUGCCCCAAGUGCAAGCAGCACCGCGAGGCCUCCAAGCAGCUGAUGCUGUGGCGCCUGCCCAACGUCCUCAUCAUCCAGCUCAAGCGCUUCUCCUUCCGCAGCUUUAUUUGGAGGGACAAGAUCAACGACAUGGUGGACUUCCCCGUCCGGAGCCUGGACCUGAGUAAAUUCUGCAUUGGCCGUAAGGGCGAGCAGCAGCUGCCCAUGUACGACCUGUACGCUGUGAUCAACCACUACGGAGGCAUGAUUGGGGGGCACUACACAGCGUACGCCCGCCUGCCCAACGACAAGAACAGCCAGCGCAGUGACGUGGGCUGGCGGCUCUUCGACGACAGCACAGUCACCACUGUGGACGAGAGCCAGGUGGUAACCAGAUACGCGUACGUCCUCUUCUACCGCCGGAGGAACUCUCCUGUGGAGAGACCCCUGCCAGGGCACCCCCCAGACCACCGAGCCGAGCGCACCCCCUCUGCCGAAGCUGCUGCCAGCCAG